AAACGUAGUGUGACAAAUUUCCGAUAAAAUUCCCAAGAUGGCCACUGAAUGAGGAAUUUUCCCGAAAGUUAAAGAAGGUUCUGUGGUCCUCUGGAAAAUCUGCCAUAUAUAAAAGAAUAGCCGGGGAUCGAGGAGGACAAUGUAUCACCAACAACGAGCGAAUAACUUCAAUCCAAUGCAUAACGAUCCUUUACCGCCAGGCUGGGAAAUGUUAUUUGAUCAGCGAACCGGUUGGCCAUUUUUUGUUGACCACUCGAACCAAAGCACAACUUGGCAAGAUCCUAGAAGAAUAGGAAAACCGCACUACCAGCAGCCAUGGGAUCCAUAUGGCCAGAACAUGAGAGGAUACCCGGCCCAUCAUCAGCAGGAGAUCCGUAUCCCUGUCCAUCACAUGGGGUCAGAACAACAGCAAGGCCCUCCAAUGCCACAACCGCAGCAACAGCCGCCUUACCCACAACAGCCACGUGUCACAAAAAUCCCCAUUCAUAUAGAGGGCGCUGGCAGCAUGGACCAGGGCAGAGGAAGCCCUGGUCGUGGUAGUCCUGGGCUGCAUGUCCCGCGCAGUGAAAAUCCCACCCUGCAGAGGGCGCCAACACCAGUCAGGGAAGAGAGUCCGGCUCCUCAGCCAGGGAGGGUGUCAAACUUGGCUCAGCAGUACGCGGGGCAGCAAUCUCCACAGCCCCAACAGCAGCAACAGAUGCCACCCAUGGGGACGUUUUAUGGUCCUUCAUCUCCCCAACAGAGGGCGCCACCAGGAUACCAACAGUCACAACAACAUCCUCUGCAGCAACAGCAACAAUAUCCCCAGUAUGACCAGACUGAUGCUGUCAAGGCCCAACAGCAACAACAACAACAAUAUCAGCAACAGCAGCAAUAUCAGCAACAACAACAACAAGCUGCUAACAAUAAUGCUGCGCCAGCUCCACCAAACUACGAAUCCAAACCGGUGAUUAAUGAACAAGCUAGAGCAGCCAAUCAGGGUCCUGCAUCUAGUCCUCAAGGUCAAGGUCAGCAGAAUGCUCCACAGCAACAGCCGCAAGAGCCACCACGUCCUCUUACAGCUCUAGAGAAGAUAGACAGAAUAUUUGCCAAUGUUAACGAAUUGCGUGUACAAGUGGAAAACUUUAAGGGGACGAGGACUGACAAACAGUACCCUUAUUUAACAGAGAUGCUGACUAGAGAUCUGUUAGAAUUGGACGGUAUUAUGUCCGAUGGCGACGAGAAAAUUCGCCAUGCUAGGAAGAACUGUGUCCGGACGGUGCAGGAAGUUCUUGACCAGCUUGAGCUGAAGGCACUAGCUAAUGAAACUCCAAUGGAGACAGGUCAAGGUCAGACAGAGGUCAAGGCCAUUAGUGCAAAUGGUUCUCCUGCAGAGGUGACAGAACAGACUAAAUUAUAG